AUGUGGAUUUCUUUGCUCGAGGACCUGCUUCCCAUGUUAUCCAUGAACGUCGACAAGUCUGAAUUCAGUGAGCUUCAGAGCCUCAGGAGGAUAGCCAGGAAAUCGCUCAUGGAGCUCUCAAAGGACGAGGUGCUCGUCGUUCUCAGAAAUGUCCCGGGGAGGGACGACGCUUCCAGCAACAGCACCUGCAUAACGCUCGUUGCGAUAUUGGCGUCUGCCAUGUCCGAGGCCUGGAAGAGAGUUGAACAAAUAGCUCCUCAAAACAUGGGCAGAGUCUCACUGGUGCUUGACGGCGAAAACAUUGGCACACGACUCAGGGCUGGAACUAAAAAAUUCAGAAUAGAGCCUCUUAAUUAA